AUGUUAGAUCUACACAACCCGCUGAACGCCGCCACCUUCACUGUGGCUGUCGUGUCGCUCACGCUCACCAUCCGCCACCUGCUCCGGCGCGCACGCGGCGUCUCCUCGCUGCGCGAUCUCUCCUCCUUCAAGCAGAGCGAGGUGCUUUCCGAGGGCGAAGGCCAUGCCGUCCUGCUCGGUGCCUUCUCGUGGCAGCCGGCCGGAGAGCGGGCGCUGGUAAAGAUCUCGGCCGUCGACCGGGCCAGCUCAGACGUCGCUGCGCAUCUCGAGACGUCGCUCUCGUCCUACAGCGGCGCUGAGUACGCCUACUACCGCGGCUCGGCCUCCCUGGCCUCGGUGCUGUGGAAGCGGCCCGCUUUUGCACUCGAGGUGAUCGCGCCGGCGAGCGAGAAGCAGAUUGCACGGUCGCGCCCGCAGCCCGGCGUCUUUGUCACCGAGACGGCGGCGCUGUACCACGCCGCCGUCGCGCCGUACAUCGACGCGCUCGACCCAAAGUCGACCUCGUGGAUCGACAAGUGCCUCGACCUGAGCAAGGAGGCGGAGCGCGUGCUCUUCAACGACCCGGCCGAGCCGACCGGCUUCCUGCUCAACGUCGACACAAAGUGGAAGUCGCACCCGCCGUGCACCGCCGACCCGCAGCUGCGGGCGUCUUGGCGCGGCCACACCGCCGUCAAGGACCUCUACUGCCUCGCCAUCUGCCACCGGCGCGACAUCCGCAGCCUGCGCGACCUGACGGGGGGGCCCCUGCGGGGGGGCCGGGGGGAUCCUCUUUGGGCGGAGCGCGCGCACCUCCUGCAGGAGGUCAUCGACAGCCUCGAGGCGGACGGCGCGUGCUACGCCCAGAAGAAGACGCUCUACUACCAGCUCAAGGCGAACGACCGGCUUCUCGCCCGCCUCCGCGAGGAGGGCAGUCAGGAGGGCGGACAUCCGAUCGAGGGAUACAUGUAG